CUGCGUCAUACAGUACUACAAGCAGCGCCCGGCAGCGCGCGAAGGACUACCAUAAAGAAUUGAAGAUGAAGCAGAGGAAAGAAUCGCCCGCAAGAAGAAUCCGACCAUCUGGAGGGAUUGGGACGGCCACGAGUCCAAAUGUCAAACAAGCGUCGAACUCGAAUCCCAGCAAGUUGAAUGGCAGCAAAAGGUCAUCUUCGGGUGCCGCAGCGUCAUCUUCGAGCAGCUCCGCUAGCGCGCCGGCCGGCGCGGCUUCGAAAACCGGCUUGACCUCGUCGUCGUCAGCCUCCUCCAGUAGCGGAGGCACACCGGGCGGGCUCCUGCUGACGGGGGGAAGGAGGAGCAGUGCCAGCGCUAUGAAACUGAAAGGCGAUGAGUUCGAGAGCCUGCUUCGCGCCGGCUACGUGCGACGACGCAAGCAGGAGGCUGCGUUUCGGGAUACGCGUGCUACGCCGAAGGAGCUGGUGGUGAAGGACGAGGUUUUGCAGCGCGUUCGUAGUCUCGACCUGGAAACGGUGCAAAAACUCAGUUUCAAUCCACACAUGCAGCGACAGUACCUUCAACACGUCCUCCUCAACUCGCCCGGAGUGGACAAGGAUGGUCCUGGCACCCCCGCGGGUACUGCCGCGAGUCCGACUUCCCGAUCGAAGCAACGGCUGGUGCCGCAACUUCCUGCGGAGUACCGCGUGCUGGAUCAGCUCGAGGAUGCGUUCAAGGACGGACAGUAUUGGUGGUCGGUCAGCGAGCAGCAUAGGAACCAAGCGUUGCAAGCAGCGAAAGUGGACGAGGUUUUGCGACUGCGCAUCCGCCAAAACGAAAUCUUCCACCAAAACUUGGCAGAAAUCGCGCAGCUGCGGCGCGAAAAAGUAGGAGACCGCUCCUUGCUGUCUGAUUCUGGAGUUGUUGGACGAACAUCUGGAGGAGGUCCCGCUCGCGGAAAGGCAGAGAGACCGGCCUCUUCCUCGGAGAUGAGAGCUCUGCGAUCUAGUAGUACCUCAGCGAGGACAAUUCUGCCGAUGAAAAAUUCUGGCGAGAACCCGGUCGAAGUAAACGAGGAACCGGACCGCAAGGUAUUUUUAUCCUCGGAUCCUCUAACACGCCCUGUCACAACGCCCGCUCUUCCAGCCCCACUGCUGGACUACUUGCUUUCGAGGCGCAUGCAGCUCCUUCGAAGUAACGCAAGGGGUAGUGCAGACCGCAAUAAAGCGGCUUUGUGGAGAAGCAACUCGACUCCGCGGACUCAAUCUCGCAUGACCGUGAGCCUCGACGCUGCACUGGGCGCUGCUACUUUCCGUAAUAUGAACACCACGACCAGCAGCAUCAAGCGCGUUGGUGGAGCCAUGCUGGUAGAUGAAGACGAGGAAGCCGAAGACGGCUUUGUGCGUUUGGACCUGACGGCACUCAGUCCGCCGACUACGGUCGCCGCUAGCCCGAGCAGCGCCCGCGCCGUGAUGAACAAGCCAGCCGCGACUGCAGUGGUUUCUGUGAAGGAACACUUGCGUCAGCAACAAAGCCGGUCUGCUGUCCCCACUAGUACAACCGCUAGCACAUCUUCUCGCGCAAAAGUUCUAGCCUCCUUAGUGAACAAUCGCGAUUUUGCGUCCCCCAGCCUCCUCGUCAGUGGAUCCCUACCAGUCUCCAGCGAUGCGCCCGGGACAAAAAAUUCACAGACCUCGACUACCAGUCUGCUCGCGUCGAACAAAAGCAGGACAAUUGCUGCGCAGGUGAACUCUUGGAGCCCACUACUGAGUCCAGUCCCUUCUUCCACCGUCAACACAGGUGCUGGCCCGAAGUUAAUGCCACAGCCGAAACAGUUCGACUUUUCUCCCACCAUUCGCCCCCGGUCAUUACUUCCCGGAGAGCAAACCAUGCAACUACAAGAGCCGUCAAUGCCGGAGCAGACAAGGCAAAUGAUGAAAGGCCUAGCUUCUGCGUCAUCCUCAUCUUUAAAAGGCACGGCAUCUAUUGGUCGUCCACUUGGCUCUGCCAGCUUUGAGACCACAGUUCUGCAGCAGCGCCUCGGUAAACCUUCGAAGUCGAGCGAGGACGCGGCGUCCAAAAACCUGUUCUACGGCGAGAGAAGUAAGGACGCAACGAGAGUGGUCGUGGACCCGCAGCGCGACGCUGGAGAUGAUCCGAUCCCGAUUUCCCUGCUGCACAGUAAAAAUACUGAUGCGAUAAGCCGGCGGCGCAGCUCCGCUACUACUGUCCUACAGGAUUCCGCUACCGCAGUGCCGAUGAUUGUCGUUGCAACCGAUCCUCGUCCGGACGAGGAUCAAGUAUCCGAAAACAAGUCGGAAACCACUUUUGACUACCUGCACACGCAAGCGCGGGCACAAGCAGCAGAAGAGCGCAAGACGAGACGGCGGAGCUCCACGGCUGUGUCCGUCGGGGUGAGUUCAUCUUCCACUGCCCAACAUGGAUUUUCCUCGGCAGUCAAUGUCAUGCGUGCGGCAACCGCCUUGCGCAAGCAGUUGCAAAUUAGCGAUGCGGGUGGCCCGUCCGCCUCACCCGUCGAUGCUGUGCGACAGAACGCACCUGUACCGAUCUCUCCCGAAGACAGGGAGGACAACAUGGCGUAUAAUUUCUAUUUCGUUAUCCUUUGUUAUUGUUGGUUUCUAUCCGAAGAUACUGAGUGAAUAAAUACAAUUUUAAUUGCUUUGUAUCUAUGUCUAUGUGUGUUUUCAUCUUCUAUUCGCGCACGUUUCGGCGCCCUGGAGCUGCCACCAUCUACCGCAAAAAACCAGGGCAAGAUCUUCGUCUGCCAUAAUCGACUCCGGCAAGAGUAGCCAAGUGGCGGCGCUUCUAGAGUACGCCGCGGAUGAACAAGUAGAGCGCGAGGAGGAACAACUUUUUGACACUGCGCUCGCCACCGGCGCCGCUCGCGUAGAGGGCUUGCACGCGGCGGUCCUUGGUGCGGAAGAAUCAGACCAACGUGCAGAGCGACAAUCUGAAUUGUAUCUCCCCCCAAGAACAAACUACCACGAGAAUUCCAUCGUGUCACGUCCCGCGCGGACCCGAACAUCAAGUAGAGAAUGGAUGUCCAGUAGCGCCUUGUCAGUUUUCUCCUCGUCCUCUGUUCCGAAUUCCGGAAUCAGCAAGGUGACUGCAGCUCAGAGCAGGACCAGUAAGGAUGAAGCGGAUGCGGUCGUCGAGCAGUUUAUGAGCUCCCUGUCGCUGGGAACCAUGGCACGCGAGGGCGAUGACGAACGGAAUGCUGGUGCAUCGGCCGCCGCAUGGAACAAAAAUCGCUCCCUGCUGUACCAACACGCCAGCAGUGUCGCUAGCAGAGCGAGCCUGCGAGCGUACGAACUGAACUUUGCUUCUAAACACUAAGACUAACACCUGCUCUAUGGGCUUUACAAUCAAGUGAUAAAGUACGUCUUUCCGUAAUUCAUAUAGAAAAUAGAAUAACCAAGCAAACAAACAAUCACUGUCUUGGGCAAACGUGCACGUGCGUGUAUUUCAUACAUCAGAUUAGCACGCCUCCCCCUCUCGUGCCGAGUUUUUCUAGUUUAAGUUCGUCUUUCUUCGUACGGAAAAUCAACAAAAGAUGCAGACUCGUCAAGCAAGUGCAGCCCAGCGUUAAUCGACGGUGGAACCCUCUCCCGAGCAGCACCGAAAAAAAUGUAAAUCGCUCAUCUAGUACUUCUUUUUCCGAGAAAUUUUCACUUGGCCUUGUAUUCUCCAUCUUUCUGCUCUUCUCGCAGCAUUGUCACGACUUGACUCUGCAGACGUUGAGAGGAAAACGCUGAACAGCUUGUAGUAAUCAAUCGGAAACUCCUUGUAAAUCCCCGCCUAAAAAUGCUCUCUGUAUUAACACGGCUAUGAAUUGACUCGAAGUUUUCAAGUUUGUACAUCGUGCGCAGACGGCAAUUAAUUUUAGUCAAACGAGUAUUUGAAGCAUAAUGUCGACCUCUUCCCGCGAGGCCGCGCACACGAAUCAGAACGAACUUCAACACGCGCAGUUCAACAGGAACAGCGAAUCUUCACUCAGGACGUUUCGAAAUAAGUAUGUUGUGACGACAAAUCAGCCUAUCGGUUUCGGUAGUAAAUGAAGCGCCAAAAU